AUGGCUCACGAGCUCCGGAUGCAGGCUCGGAAUCGCUUUUCGAAUUCUUGUCCGGGGAUUCCGUUCGGGGCGCCCUCCGGGGCCCCGCGCGAGGCCCGAAAGCCCGCCCCGUUGGAAAUUUCCUACUCGUCGACGUUGUUGUUGGGGUGGGUGCUCCUCCUGGCCUACAUCUCGUGGGGCUGCGGGUAUGUUUUUCCGGGCUUCACCAUCAUCCUGCUCUCCUCCCUCGCGCUGACCUCGGAGCAUGGGGAGAGCCGCAUGUUGAUGCCGCUGGUCUUUCUCUCGGAGCGGUGUUUAGAGCAUCAGAUGAAGAUCGAGCACUCCUUCCUGCACUUUUACGCAUCCGCGCUGCUUUCCUACUUCUCACUGGCGGCCUGUAGUGGGUUGGUUCGCGUAAAUUCCUCCUCCUAUUCGCAUUUGGUGUUUAAAAUUCUGCUUUUUACUCUCGUCGGCGUCGCCGCGGUGUAUUUUAUCGUGCAGGAUAAGGUCUUUUCCUUAGGCGUUGUGGCCUACGUGGCGGCUGGGCAUGUGUUUUUCCUCCGCCUGCGGCCUCACCUUGGGGAGAACGAGGCGGUCCUGGUGAGCUCGAUUACCGGGUUUUAUAUCUGCGAUACGUGCGUGAACAACAACCUCUCCGCGGACGGCGGGCGAAGUUUGAUUUCGGAUCUCAACGCGCCGGGUUAUUUAACCUCCUACACCCACGUCGCCGGGCGGGGGAUGAUCCUGAGUGCGAUUUACACGAUUGUGUGUAUGAAGCUCUUUUCGCAGCUGUGGAGGGUGCCGGUAAGCCGGUAUUCCAAGUCCUCCGAGUGGCGCAUAAGUCGGCGCUGCAUCACCACGAUCUUUUGGAUCUCCUGCACUCUGGUCGGCGUGGUAGUGUGCGCCGCGAUUAGCUAUCAAUUUCAAGAAAACGCCCUGUUUUGGCUUUACGCGUAUAUCGUGUCGAGCCCAUUUCGUUUGUUUAUGAUUUUAGGGUGGGUUACGGGGAUCCCUUUGGCUUUGGUCUUUGUUGAACUUUUUACUUCGGGCCUUCGGAAAGCGGCCCGGCGGAAGAUGUUUCAUUUUAUCGCCGUCAUCGCCUUUACGCCGGCUUCGUUGAUAGAUCCGCCUUUCAUGGUGUUGGCGACUUCGACCGCCAUCAGUUUGCUCGUGACUAUCGAGGUGGCGCGAUGCCAUAAUGUUUACGGGACGGAGGUGAUUACGCGUUUUAUUUCAGACUAUAUUGAUGAGCGAGAUGAUAUCAAGGGUAUUGUUCGUACCCAUAUUUAUUUAUUAUUUGGAUUCUGUGUUUCCCAGGUUAUUUAUUAUCGUCAUCAUCAUCAGGCAACGGCGAUGCCGAUUCCGGCUAUUAUGGAGCUCUCCAUCAAUAUCAUCCCCGGGAUUCUUUCCUUAGGGAUUGUGGAUGCGAGUGCGGCUAUUAUUGGGAGUAGUGUUAUGUUGGGCUCUCGCCGUGUACUCGGGCGAUACUUAAAAAAUAAAUUUUUCACUGAGCGCGCGAAUGUUUCGAUAGUUCACAAAACCACAACUGGCACCAUCGGUGGAUUAUUAUGCGGAAUUAUCUUUUGGUGUAUUAUUUUGGCACUAGAGGAUAUUCCGCUUUCGGGGCCAAUGUGGUAUACCUUCACAAUGAUUGUGGUAUGUUCACUCACGGAGUGCUUUAUCAACACGGUUGAUAACUUGCAAAUGCCCCUUGUUGUGUUGUGUGCCGUGUACAAUUUGUUUGCGAUUCUUCUUCCAAUUUCGGGUCUAUGGAAGAAUCCAUCGGUAAGUCAUUCAAAUCCUACCAGAGCGACUUCGCUUGCAAGUGCGUUAUCAUUUCCGUGGAAAAAUGGGUUCACUUCGUAA